UUCUGUCGUCCGCGAUCCGGCGGUUCAACUUCAAGUCGGCCGGCGGUAGCCGUAGCUGCCGCACGGUGCCGAAAGUCGUGGUCAUGGGCUCCAGCACGGCGUCCGAGACCACGAUCAACACGAGCACCGACAGCGCCAACACCAUGCUCACUAUGGUGACAACGACGGACGGGGAGCAGCCGGACGACAGCUUCGAUCUAAUCGACGUGCCGGCCGAAAUGUCGCCCCCCGCCACGGCCCCAUCACAACAAUCCAUCCAUCCCGGCGGUCAUCGAGGACAUCCCGACGACGCGAUUGGGGGUAGCUGCACCUCGUCGCCGGCGUCGCCCACGUCGCCGAUCUCCGUCGCGGCGCCGUCGAGUCAAACCACGCCGCCGUUGCCGCUUCCAUCGUCGCCGACGACUCCGCUUUGCGCCUUCGACGGGACCGAGGUCGCCGGGCCGUCCGGUCGUGGCGCGCGUGGUUCGGCUCAAGGUAACGACGGUAACGUCAAGACGACCACCGGGGGUUCCUCCAUCGGUCAGGGACACAACGGGAGUAACGGCGCCGAGGCGAUUCUGCCGCCACCCACGCCGAUGGUUAGCACGCACCAGGAGACCAGAUUCACCUUCGGCGGUAGCGGCAGAACCCCGCCUCUUCCGGAUCUCAGAGCGGCGGAUUUCUUUAGCACCCCUGUGAGGGGUUCGGUGGACGCGGGCCAGCCCGAUUCGGUCGACACGCGUUCCUCGAUUCGAAACCUGGUGGCCGCCCAGGAGAAGCAGAACGCCAGGGUGGGUGGAUAUCAGAUCGAUUACGCGGCCGGCGGGAAAGCCAACUCGAUUCAGCCGAACGCGCUGGAAAGGGGCACAGCCGAUCAUAAGCGGAGUCAAAAGAGGCCCAAUGUCAACGUGACGACCAAUCCGCUCGAUAUAUCGCUCAUAGGUGCGACCCAGCCGUGCAAUACCCAAGGCUGUAACGUUCAGAGUAACGCGAGCACGAAAUCGCGUGGAAGAUCAGCGGAAUCUCAUCCACUCGUUUCAGCCAUUCAUUCAUGGGUCAGGCUCUUUUUCCCGUUUUGCGCAAUAGGUAGUAACGAGCGGAUAACCCACAGAUAUGGAAGUCCCCAUCACAGCCGAUCACAGUCGGUGAAGGCUCCCGGGAGUCGUUCUUCCGGUCGACCGAAUUACCUGUGUCUUCCGCAACAGAGAUCGCGAGUGGCAAGUAUGCCCAACACCGGCGUGGAGGAGGAAUACUACAGAUUACGGCAUUUUAGCAUCACGGGCAAGGGGGUGGUAAACCGGGGUGACUCCCUCAAGAGCCGCAGAUCGCGCUCCAACAAUAGCGUGGCGUCCAGCAACUCUAGCACGGAACACCUGACCGCCUCGUACCCGGGAUCGGCGCGGAAUUCCGCGGCGGGCUCGUUGGCGAGUUCGAGGGAGAGCAGCGCGUCCCAAGGUCCGGCGCCAUACCGCGUCCUCAUGCUGGGCGCCCCCGCCGUCGGCAAGAGCUCCCUGGUCUCUCAAUUCAUGACUUCCGAGUAUCUGCACGCCUACGACACUUCGAUCGACGAUGAGUCCGGCGAAAAAACAGUCAGCGUGCUCUUGGCUGGUGAGGAAUCGGAAUUGACUUUUAUCGAUCACUCCUGUGCCGAAAUGACACCGGAAAAUUGCAUCGCGACGUACGAGCCGCACGCGUACUGCGUCGUCUAUUCUACGACCGAUCGGACGUCAGUGCGCGUCGCCGAGGAGGUUCUCCAAUCCCUGUGGAGGAGCGAUCACGUAUCCGCGAGGGCGGUCAUCCUCGUGGGGAACAAGGUCGACCUCGUUCGCAGCCGACUGGUAUCGACCGAAGAGGGCAAAUCCAUGGCGACGUCUUACGAUUGCAAGUUCAUCGAGACGUCGGUCGGCAUCAAUCACAACGUCGACGAGCUGCUGGUCGGCUUGCUCACGCAGAUCCGCCUGAAGCUGGAGAAUCCCGAGAGGACCAGGGAGAUGUUCCGGAAGAGGUCACGGAAGAACCGCAGCAAGUCGCCAUUGGGCUCGUGCUCGGAGAACAACUCGCCUAAGAAGUAUCGCGGCAGUCGGACCAGCACCAGCCUGAAGGUGCGGAAUCUUCUCGACAAGGUCUGGGCGCGCGACAGCAAGUCGAAGAGCUGCGAGAAUCUGCACGUUCUGUAGAGAGAGAUCCCCGAGGGAUCAUCGGUACCGAUCGUCUCGAUCCAGAAUGGAUCUGGAUGGAGCGGCGAGUCGCGGCAGCAGACUUCCAUUGAAAUGUCUUACGCUUCGGAGCGGUCUUCAAAUAUAUACAGAGGUCAAUGGUGGAUGACUCUCGUCUCGUGUAGAAGAGGGCCAGGUAUCGACCGCCUUCGUACUCUCAACUUCGCAGGAGAAGAGGAGAGACACGUGCGUAUCGCUUUGUAAUGAAGUAGCGAUCUUUCUGGCCGCGUUUCUCGCGACGUCGUACGUUGUUAGCCUUCUGUGAACAAGGUAAUCUUUUGUAUUUCUGAACGAAGCCACACCAGCGUCCGAUUAAUCAAUACCAGACUACUGGGAAUUAUUUUUAUUUCAUUCUUUCCUCACGACAAUAAUUUGAAACAUUUUCAACGGUAUAUCUCGAUUAGAGAUAUUGUCCCGACUUAUUUUCCAUUGUACAGCGAUUUUUCUAUUACUUUCUGAUUUAUACGCUAUGAAAGCCAGAUCCGUCAGGUUGACGGUUAUUUUUUCUUUUUUUUUUUUGGCGAUCUAAUCAAGUGUUCUAAAGAAAUUGAUCGUUGGAUUUUUCAUAGCCCCUAUAAGUUCUGGUCGUAAGUGAUAAAAUGUUUUUAAUCCCAAAGUGUACAAUCUUGGCGAUUACCGUAAAGCGUAAAUAUAAGCCACGGAGGAUUGGCUCGGCGCGUAUCUCACGAAGAGACGCAGGCGUCGUUAACGUGCAGAAAUGUUCGCGCGCGUUUGAAGAAGUCGUAAAGUGAAAUGCCUGUGAGGUAAAGUGAAACGCGACACCGAGGGCAGCAGUCAACGUAGAUUGCCACAGGCGAACUCGUUAUCGUACAUAAAACUGAAAACUGAAAACUGAAAACGAGGGAAUCGCAUCGAUCUUUAUCACGUCCGCUCGAUCUAUGAUUUCGUUUGCCUGUAAAGCCUAAAUGCGAACGCAGAAAGCAACGCCAGCGCCGCGAGAGGAAGAGAUCUGCUCUAAGGGCGAAUAGUAGCACAGUUUGGAGCAGAAACACGCGCCUAUACAUCGCAUUGUUCUGCAAUUUUCAUAGUGACCAAACACACACAUGCGCGCGAUUAUAUUUACACCGGUGUUUUGCAUUCCAAUUUUGUACAAAAAAAA